AUGCCACUCGUUAAAAUUGAUCUGAUCAAAGGAGCACGAUUCUCGAAGGAGCUAAAACAACUCGCCGACGUGGUCCAAGAAGUGAUGUUGAAACAUUUCAAUGCCCCUGAACGAGAUCGCUAUCAAAUUAUCACCCAACACGAGCCGUACGAGUUGAUUUGCGAGGAUACCAAUCUAGGGCUCAACCGAAGUAACAAAUUAGUUAUACUGCAAAUCUUCCAACAAGGUCGCAAUUCCGAGCAGAAGAAAGCGACAUAUAAAGCACUUCAUGCGCGACUCUCUGAGGUGUGUGGGCUACGUGGGGAAGAUCUCAUCAUAAGCUGUGCUGAGAAUACAAAGGCGGAUUGGAGCUUUGGAAUGGGAGAAGCGCAAUUUUUAACCGGGAAACUGUAA